AUAUCAGGUAACCAAUAUACUCCAGGAACAAGAUGUAAAAUAUUCUAAUAAACUACAAGGCUGAUGCCAUAUUACCACCUUAUAAAGGCAAUCUUCGAAAUUCCUUACAUUAUUGUGGGAGCAGUAUUACAGAGUGACUGUCCAAGCAAAGACCUGCAACAAUCUCUGUUGCUAGAAAUUAUAGGUCUUUUGUACUUGUGAAAAAAAUUUUGCUAUUCACUGCAAUAAGUUCUGAGUCUUACUUGACCAUCUACUGUUUAUAUAAAAUUAUUUUACGAUCUACUUUGAUAUUAAAAAAAACUUGAGAAAAAUCAUGGUCCGAAAAAUGUUGCGGUUUUUGUUGCUGCUUGAAAAACUUAGUGUCAUUUACUACUACUUACUGUGCCAUGUAUUUGAGGUGUUCAUUCAUGCCGAGGUUUUCAAAGUAUAACUGUUUUACCAUAUACUGGGAUCUGCAUAAUAAAUUCCCGCUACAAAGAAACAGGAUUGUAUGCAGGAAAUUAAUUAGCCUGGGUAAAGAUCUUGAAUCCAGUUGAAGUAUCAAUGACAGUGACUUAGAGUUGGUGUAGACAGUAAAUAGCUCUGAAGAGUACAAUACUUGCGUUGUUCUUUAAAUCAGGUCAGUGAGAGCUUGGGCUUUAAUAGAUCAAGUUUUUAAUUUUAUGGACUAUGUAUAUUAUAAAAACAUGUUGCCAUCUGUCUAAUGUCAAUUCUUGCUUCCGCAACAGGAAUGAUAGUGAAAGGAUUAUACAUCAAAGAGUAAAUGUUGUGCCCUUUGACCUGAUAUCCCCUGAAGGAGGGAAGAGUUCAAUCCGUGUGAUCAACCCACUGGAAGCAUCAGGUCCGCAGUUUGAAACAGUGUAUGAACGGUUUCACCAGGCAACACAAGGUUUUACUGAUAUUAUUGGGCAUUAUCUGAGCGGUGAGAAGCCGAAAGGCUUCUUAGAAACUGAAGAGAUAGUCCGUGUUGGAGCCACUUUAACAGGAAUUGGUGAACUAGUUUUGGAUUCUGACAAGAUCGUCAAACUCCAGCCUCCUAAAGCAGGUCUGGAAUAUUUUUUAAGCACUCUGGACUUCCCAAGUAUCCUGAAACAGCAGGAAUCAAGCGUUAAACUUUGGAAAAUGUUCAUGACCAUCUGUACAUUAACAGGCAUUGCACUGAUCUUAGUUGUCCUGCGCAGAAUGUACCAUGAGUUCAGUGAAAAACAGGAACAGGAAGAACUGAGAAGGAGCUACAAACGGUUCAAUGAAAGCAGAGGUAUCCCAGGUUCAACAGCAGAUGGUGAUGAAAUACCAGAGAAUGCAUGUGUAAUUUGUUUAUCCAAACCACGAGAAUGUGUCUUCCUGACCUGUGGGCAUGUUUGUUGCUGCUAUGAUUGUCAUCGAGCACUUCCCUCACCAAUUUGUCCAAUUUGUAGAAGUUAUAUAACUAGAAUUGUACCUCUUUACCAAGCAUGAGAGUGUAUUCCACUCACAAAUUAAUCAAGUGCCUUUAAUUUCUGAUCUGCACCAGAAAUGUCAAGUUAAUAUAUUUAUGUGGUGACCCCAAUCCCAUCACUAAGCGUUCAUUUUAAUACUGUGUUGCUGUCUGAUGUUCCCUUUGUGUUAGCCACAACAGCCAAGUUAGCAUUCAGAUUUCUGAAUAUGCGAUCAUAGCCAUUAUCAUUCAUUGACAUAUGCUGAAAAGAGAUUCAUCAGUAUACUCUAGAUAUACUGCAAAAUACUAUAUGUCGACCAACAAAGAUCUUGCCAAAUUAGUUAACCUGAUUUGGUAUUGAUAGCAGUGGAACUUUUAACAAGGCACCCUUGGACCAGAGAGAAAAGCCAUCAUGAAAUAAAUUAGAAACACUGAACAUAAGCAGCUAUUCCUUAGCUAGCAUUUUAUAGUGUCACCAGUAACUUGUUUUAGCUGGGUGCAAAAAUGCACAUUAAAGCAGAUUAACAUGCUGGAGUCACUUUGACUUGGGCUGCAGCAUGGUGAAUUCCUCCAAAAUCUACAGUUAUGUCCCUACACUAACUUUCAAAACAGCUAGUCAAUAUUUUCUUACAUUGGAAGACCCAUCUGUUAGAAAAAAAAGCAGUGACUUUACUGUCAGGAAGGUGAGAUGGAAAUGUGAAUGGACAUUUUACACCUAUUCUGGCACUUCCAUCAAUCUAGUCUAAAUUUCUCAGCUCAUUUCAGCUUUCUCACUGUUUUCAACUAUUCACAAGUGAGGAAUACUAGUGCAUAAAUGAUUGGAAAAGCUAAUGGCAUGAUAAUUUAUAUUAUUGAAGCUGAAUACCAGCAAUGUAAGAUUGUAAUUGUAUAGGUAACAGAAAUUGUCGCUUAAGUACUUCUUGAUAUUUCUGCACUGAAAUUAAUGACAUCUCCCCACUGACUGCUUUCUGCGUUGAUAAACGAGAGUGAAACUCUCCUUGGCACUAGUAGUGCUGGGAUAGUGCUGUAACUUUCACAUAAACCAGGGACAAUGUGGUCAGAAAGCAAAACUGCAGGAAAAAGAGAACAAACUGGUUUGAAGGGCGUGAAGGAGAAAGAAGAAAGAAAAGUUGAGAGAUCUGCAUAGUGCAGAAAGUGUGAAAAACUGUUUAAAACUCCCAUAUUGGUUUUUAAUUGACCUUUUUUGUGAAUUAUAAUCUUGUCCUAAAAUAAGAAAUGAGGUGAGUUUAUUUCCCUAUGUAAUACAUUAGAUGAUAAGGUGAAAUAUGUCUGGACUAUUUAGGGUUAAUUAUCUCCUAGUUAAAUUUAUCUGUUUAUGUAUUCUGUAUUAUAUGACAGCUUUGUUCCUCAUUUGACUUUGCUGUUAUUUACAGACUUACUUCCUUACUGUGAGUCCUUGUGUCACAAAAUGCAGGAAUAUCAAUUCACUAAUGCUGUGUUUAUAAUUAUUUUACUUUAUUUUUGAUUUACUUUUAAAUAUGCACUCAGACUUAGUUACUAGUGUGUGAGAUUUAUUUGCUCAUCUGAAAAUGCUGCUCUCAUAUGCCAGUGACUCCCUUGAAUUAGUCUGUGACCCUCUCAUGUCAGUUAUAAAAAUUAUAUCAGAACUGUGUUGAAAAGUAUAAGGCAGUACUUAUUUUUGUUGUAGGAAGUAAACAUUGGAAUUGAGGUAUACCUGAGAGUGUAUGAUAAAGACUAAAUAAAAGCAUCUACUGAUGACUAUUA